GACAGUAUGAAAACGUAUUUCAAACUAAGUGCUUGAUGUUUGAUGCUUGAUCAUGGCGUUAGUUUCACAGUUCCUUGUUGUUAAGUUUCUUCUGUUAUGCAACUUGUUCUUUAAUGUUGAAGGAAAUGUCGAAGAAAAUUUCAAAGCUAUUGGUUUCUCUUCGAAUGAAUACGAUGAUUAUAAAAAAAUGGAGACACCUGAAACAAAUGAAGACACAUUCCGCCGCAAUUACAUGCAUGAAGCAAAGAUCAGCAAAUCGCGCAAUCUGAGACAAAAAGAAGUUCAAGAUCCUUCAAAAGUAGAUUUUGCUAUUCUUGUUGAUGAAUACUCGAAGAAAGGACGGCAAAGCUUUGACUUUCGCAAACGUAUCAUCAAGGAGCUUUUGGGCUACUUGCCAAUCUUUCCCAACAGGGUACGAGUUGCUGCUGUGUCUGUUUCAUCGAAAGUUACUUUGGAAUUUGAUUUCAAGGAAUCGAUAAACAAAGAGUGUGCUUUGAAACGCAUCGAUAAAAUCAGAUACAGAGAAGGAUUAAAGACCUUGUUAAGCGAUGGACUCAAUUAUGUCGUAGAAAACGUGAUCUUCAACUCGGACAGAAAUGCUCGAUCAAAUGCCAUGAAAAUAAUUGCUAUUUUCUCUGAACGCGUGCCUGAUGUUGAAGAGAAAAGACGCUGGAAAAACAUUUUGCAUCAAUUGAAUGUGGAGCUCAUUUUUAUCAAACUGCGUAAAAUUCCGGCUCAAUUUCAAACAUUAAGAUUGCCUAGUGAGCUACGUAACACUUUUAAAAGAAUUGGAUCUUUGUUAGGAACAGAAAUUCCAUUGAACUGUAAGUCUGGAAAAAUCGUUUAUGAUCAAUGUAAAAGACGCUGUAAAUGUGUGCACGGUAAACUUGUAGACUGUUGUCGAAUUCGCAAACCGUUCACCGAAAUGAGUGAAGAAGAAAGAAAGAGAUACAUUCAAGUCAUAAAAACAGCUUCGACACAUGAUCAUUUCAUUGAACGCUACGAGGCAUUGCUGACAACACACAAAACACUUUUUCGCACGGGCAUACACCAACAAACAUUCUUUUUACCAUGGCAUCGUUGGUUCAUUUUACAAUACGAAAACAUGCUGCGCGAGAUUGACUGCAGUGUAACUGUGCCAUAUUGGGAGUCGGCUGAAGAGGCUAAUGAUGCUUUGUCCAGCGAUGUGUGGAACACUGCUGAGCAUGGACUUGGUGGAAAUGGCACUGGUUCUUCAGGUUGUGUUCGUGAUGGUCCAUUUAGAGCUGAGGUUUGGUCAGUCAUUGAAAGUGCUGGAGGCGGUUGCUUGACACGAAACUUCAACGGUCGUUAUCCUGAUUGUGUAGCCGUUAUGCAGGCAAUACUCGAGUUUUCAAAUGCAAGUAAGUUUGAAGACUUUGAGUAUUUCCUCCACCGGGAAUUCCAUGAUGCUGUACAUUGUGUCAUUGGUGGACUUAUGUGUACGGAUAACUCUGCAGCUGCUCCGGAGUUUUUUUUGCAUCACGGUUUUGUCGACAAACUGUGGUCCGACUGGCAACGACAGAGCAGGGAGCACACUGUACACGACCAUUUUGUGUCUCAAAAAAGUCCAAUGCCAGGAACGGACUUGUUGUCAAAGGAUUUGCUUGAUCUUCGCCAUCAGCCGGAAUGCGUAUGUGUAAAGUAUCGUGAUCCUGACGACAGUGUGUAUCGGACGUUGAUGGCUUUUUCCAUGCAACAAAUCGUGUCCAUGCCAAGAGUGAAACUCCCACCCUAUCCAGAGCACGCGAAGAAACUGUUUCGCAUCUCCGAAAGAGAUAUGAAAAGAAUGGACAGAGUACGAUCGUUUUUGCAACCCAUUCAUGAACUACGUGAAAGCGAUCUUACUGGACGGGAUCGGAUUCUUGGUUUUAAAAAAGAGGAUCUCAUGAGGGAAUGGGAACGAGGACUUCAAAAGCGACGUCUCCAACAAUCAAGCGACGUGAUUUAAAACUAUUUCUACUAAGUCUUCUCUGUGUUUAGUAAAAGAACAACGUGCUUUUCAACAAAGAGGAAGACGAAAAAUAACUUUUAAAGUGUAUUUUAAAUUUAUCAUUCAUUUGUGGAAAUUACGUAUGUGGGAGUAAGAGAAAAAAUGAUGCUGGAAUUAUUGGAAAUACCUUUGAUCUAACAAUGAUGCAUUUGAUCCUCAAUAAAAUGUUGUUACUAUAGUCUUCAAAA